UCAAGAAAAGCACAACAGGGAAAAUUAAUAUGUGUUUCCUGUAUUUUUCGUUGUGUUUUAGUGUUGUUUAUUUUGUUUUUUCAAAAGAAAUAUAAAGAAAUGGAGCCCUCCGAAAUAGAAUUCUUAGCAGAAAAAGAGCUGAUUACUGUGAUACCCAAUUUUUCCCAUGGUAAACUUUAUUUAAUUUGCGGAGAUUGUGGUCCGUUUGUUCCUAGUAUUCCUGUACAAGUUCCACUUUGGCUUGCUAUCAAUUUGCGCCAGAGACAGAAGUGCCGAAUUUUACCUCCAGAUUGGAUGAGCCUUGAAAAAUUAGAGGAAAUUAAACAAGAAGAAACUGAUUCCAGCAUAUUUUCACCAAUGCCCAGUGAACAUUAUAAAGAAAUCGCUCAGUUGUUAUUUGAUGUGGCGAUAUCUGAUAUCCCAAAUGCUGAUGAAAUUCAAACUCUGAUCAAAGAUAUUUGGGACAUAAGAAUGGCAAAAUUACGAACUUCAGUUGAUGCAUUCGUUGCCAGUGAAGCGUCACAUGCUCAACUUGACAAUUUGACAGUGUUCGAAAUUAAUUUUGUGAGGCCUCUACUGACAGCUGCUCUAUAUCAACUUCAAAAAUUUAAACGGGCAGCUGCGGCUUCACAAGCAGACAGCCAGAGUCAAUCAGCAAGUCUUCUAUGACAUGUCAAUUUUAAAUAUGUGUCGGAAAAAUUACUAAUUUGAAAACUGCCACUGAAAGUGUUAAAAGUACGUUUUUUAUUGUUGCAAUGUAACAUAACUGCAUCAUCUUAUUUCAUUAUAUGUUGAAACAUUUUAUUCUACAAUACAAAUUUUACAAAUGUAUGCUUUUUGUUAUGUUU